UAAACUUAAUGGUGUUUUGAACAACUAAACGUUGUUUAAAAAAACAUAUCGUUGGGCGUCCCCUGCAGGUUUCUGAUUGGUGGUCGCUCUAUGACGUCACUGGCAUCAUGGCUGCGCCCUCGUGUGUUGCAUGUGCGUGAACAGAAACACAGAGUCGAGAUGAAAACGAAGGUGAAAAAGGUGAAGAAGAGGUUUGUCUCUUCUAAAAGAGGGAUCCUGGUGAAGGGCGAAUGGAAAGCAGUGAAUGUGGAUCCCAGUCUGUUCUCUAAUGAAGGUUUGGAGGGUUUGGUGUGUUUUGAGGAACUGACCGAUUAUUCCCUUGUGGAACCUGAAAAGACGACUAAUGUAGAAGAGAUUGUGAAGAAAACUAAAAAAGACAGAAAAAGAAAACACAGUGAAGAGCAGCUGGAGUCUGAAGAGCAGCUGGAGUCUGAAGAGCAGCUGGAGUCUGAAGAGCAGCUGGAGUCUGAAGAGCAGCUGGAGUAUGAUGCUGAAGACAAACAUGAAAGAAAGAAGAAGAAGAAGAAGAGAAAUAUGAGACUUCACAAAGAUGAAGCGUCUCAGAAUGUGGAUGAAGAACAUGAAGAUGAUGAGAUCUUAAAGGAGGAUUGCCCUAAAGAUCAGACUCCAGAAACACCGUCUAAAGUGUCCAAGAAGAAAGAUAAAAGAAAGCGCAAGAAGAAAAAGAAGAAAAUGGUUUCAGAGGAGAUAAAGCCUGAGGUGAAAAGGUCUGAAGAAGUUGUUGCUCAGUCUAAGACAAAGACUAAAAACUGGACUAAUGCAGCUCUUGGAGACACUGAGGGGCAGAACGCAGAUGUGUCUGCAUGGCAAGACCUGUUUGUACCUGCGCCUGUUUUAAAAGCUCUGAGGAAACUUGGGUUUUCUGCACCAACUCCGAUUCAAGCGCUCGCUAUUCCGCCGGCCAUCCGAGAUCGUUUAGAUAUUUUGGGAGCUGCAGAGACCGGCAGCGGAAAAACGUUGUGUUUCGGGAUUCCCAUGAUUCACACAAUUCUAGAACGGAGGAAAUUAUCAAACCUUGAGCCGUCGGAUGAAUGUGUCAAAGUGAAUGCAGAGACGUGUGAAGAUAGCAUAGACCUGCAGACAGACUGCGGUGAUCCGCACGGCCCUGAUGAUGAUGAUGAUGAAGCUGACAUCACAUCACAUAAUGCUGAUGAAACUCCAGUGAGUGACAGUCGAGCUACAGAUGAUGAAGCUGUGACCGCAGACGUUACGACAGCACAUCGUGAGCGCCCACUGCUCGGUUUGAUUCUCACUCCUACUAGAGAGCUGGCGGUUCAGGUCAAACAUCAUAUCGAUGCUGUGGCCCAAUUCACAGGUAUUCAAACGGCGAUUGUCGUCGGCGGGAUGGCGCCACAGAAACAGCAGCGGAUGCUGAUGCGCAGGCCAGAGAUCGUCAUAGCGACGCCGGGACGAUUGUGGGAGAUGAUUAAAGAGAGACACCCCCACCUUCAGAACCUCCGACAGCUACGGUGUCUGGUUAUCGAUGAAGCCGACCGCAUGGUAGAGAAAGGUCACUUUUCUGAGCUUGAAAAUCUGCUGGAAUUGCUUAACACGGCCCAGUUCAACCCCCAAAGACAGACGUUCGUGUUCUCGGCCACGCUGACCAUGGUGCACAGCCUGCCGCUGCGCCUGCAGCAGAAAAAGGGCAAAAAGAUGGAGCGCAGCAAACUACAACUCCUGAUGGAGAAAGUCGGCAUCAAAGACAAACCCAAAGUCAUCGACCUGACGCGCAAAGAAGCCACCGUUGAGACCCUGACCGAGACCAGAAUCAACUGCACGAAGGAAGAGAAAGACUAUUACCUUUAUUAUUUCCUGCUGCAGUACCCCGGACGCACCAUGGUGUUUGCCAACAGCAUCGACUGCAUCAAGAGGCUGAACGCGCUGCUGCUGAUUCUGGACUGCGGUCCUAUCAUGGCUCUGCACGCGAACAUGCACCAGAAGCAGCGACUAAAGAAUCUCGAGAGGUUUGCGGAGAAGCAGAGCUGCGUUCUACUGACCACAGAUGUCGCUGCGCGAGGCCUCGAUAUUCCAAAUGUUCAACACGUUAUUCACUAUCAAGUUCCUCGCACGUCCGAGACGUACGUCCACCGCAGCGGCCGAACCGCCCGGGCCACUAAAGAGGGUCUUAGUUUGCUUCUGAUCAGCCCUGAUGACAUGAUCAAUUAUAAGAAGAUCUGCAGAACCCUGGAGAAAGAUGAAGACCUCCCUUUGUUUCCUAUCCAGACCACAUGCAUGACAGCCAUUAAAGAGCGAGUGAAUUUGGCUUGGAAAAUCGAGAAGAUGGAAUAUUUCCACAGUCGGGAGAAGCAGCACAAUUCUUGGGUCAGACAAGCAGCUGAAGCGAUGGAGAUCGACGUGGACGAUGACUUGCUGUUGGGAGGAAGUAAAGAUGAAGAUGAGCAGAGAGAGCAGCAGAAGUUAGUGAAGCUCAUGAAGAGACAGAUGAAGCAUUUAGUCUCACAACCCGUUUUUAGAAGCAACAUGAAGACAAAGUACCCAACACAGAUGGGGAAACUUCUAGUGUCUCAUAUGCCCAUCGCUACAGCGACUACAGCGUUAAACAGCGUCAACCAUCACAGACAGAACCUCCAACCAAAGGGCAAACAAAAGCACUGAUCAAUUAAUAAAUGUACAAUCCUACAUUAAAAAUCUCAGUGUGAUGAUUUCGGACUGCAGGUAGCAAAUGAAACGUAAGACCAGAUAUGAAACCCUGACAUUGCUGUGAAUGUAACGUCCUUUAUAACCUUUAUUUGAAGCCAUGUCUAAUGUUGCAGUCUUGAACAAACAAUCUGCAACAAUUGUUCAUCAAUAAUUGAGGAGCACAGAUUUUCUUUAUCUCUUAAUUUUUUUUUCUAAGGCUAUUAAAAUAUUUUCCAAAUUAUUUUGUUUUGGAUUUUUUUAAAUUCACUUUUUAAACAAAUUAGGAUUGGAGUAUUAUCAGAAUUUCUUAUGGUCAUUACUGCAACAUGUGCCAUUGCAACCAUUUUUUGGAAGUUUUAAUGUGAAUCUUAACGUUUGUUGUUAAUAUUAAAAUUUCUAUUUGCAAAACAUUGAAUCAUUUAUUAAAAUGUACAUUACAUUCAUACAUUUAUGCAUUUGGCAGAUCCAAUGCAGCUUACCAUGAAUUCAAGCUGUACAUUUUAUAAGAAUGUGUGUUCACCCCAUCAAACCCAUGACCUUUUCCACUGCUAAUGCAAUGCUUUACCAGAUGAGCUACAAGGAAACUUAAGAAAGAUUUAAUA